GGGGAAUUUAUUUUCCUUCAAAAAAGUGGAUAAUUGACCCGAUUGAACAGUGGGAGUCCGAAAUCAUCAACCCGACCGUAGAAAUCUGCUUCGUGACAUUCGUCCGGAUCCUGGGAAAUCAAUCCCCACCGUCUUCUCUACUCUACUUCAUUUUCCGUAGGGUUCUUGAACCUAUGGACAUUUUGUACUGUCUCUAAGGAAAAACAUGUCAGCUCCAAAUGAGGAUGCUAUCACAUCUCAUUCUGAGCUCCCAUCACAUGUCUUCAAUGAACUUCUUGAUUCCAUUAUGAUUGAUGUUGCAUCUGAGUGUCACCGAAUAGCGAAACUGGGACUUGACCGCAACCUAGACGAAGUGGAGGAAGAAGUGCACUUGUCAGCACAGGCUUGUGCCAUGGCUUCUGAUCCAAGCAAUAGUUCUGAAGCAAGCAGCAAAUUCGUUGUGGAUAUAUAUGGACAAACCCACCCUCCUGUGGCUGAUGAAGUGUUUGAUUGUAUGAACUGUGGCCGGUCCGUUAUGGCUGGACGGUUUGCCCCUCAUCUAGAGAAAUGCAUGGGGAAGGGGAGGAAGGCGCGCCCCAAGGCAACAAGAAGCAGCACUGCUGCGCGAAACCGGCACACGCAAGGAAGCCCAGUUUCUGCACACUCCUCAUACUUCAAUUCCACAAGCACGGACCCGGCGUCCCAUGCGAGUUCGGGCAUUGCAGGAAAUGUGUACACAAAUGGCACAAGAGAAGAGCCUUAACAUGCAUGACCUCAGUUAAUGCUUCAAGAACUGGAAGCACCAACUUCUUGGCUAUGUCACCUGUGAGUGAUCCUGUGAAGAUUUUUGUAGCUGCAUUCUUGCUAGGUUUAUGAACAGGUGGAGAUGAUCUCGAGUUGUUAAUUGAGUCAUGCAGAUGCAGUGUGAAAAUGGCCUCAAAGGUGUGUUUGGUUGAAGGGGGUGGAAAUUAUAAGAUUUUUGUACAUUUUUCCAUCCGUCCCAAAAAAAAUUCCACACUUUCGU